GGUCUCCAGAGCAGCCAAUCAGCAGCCCCGCGGCUCCCGUUCCAAAGCCCUCACCCACCCGCCAGGACUCCGUCUCCCCAGCCCGGGUGGGGGCGCGUCCUGGGGGAUGGGGGGCGCAGCCCUCCUGCUCCUGCUCGCGGGGGCCGCGGCCCCGAGGGAGACCCGGGCGGGCCCCCACUCCAUGAGGUAUUUCUCCACCGCGAUGUCCCGGCCCGGCCUCGGGGAGCCCCGGUACAUCAUCGUGGGCUACGUGGACGACACGCAGUUCGGGCGGUUCGACAGCGACUCCCCGGGCCAGAGCGCGGAGCCCCGGGCGCCCUGGGCGGAGCAGGUGGAGCAGAAGGAGCAGGAGGAGUGGGACCAGGACACGCGGAACCUAAGGGAGCGCGCACAGUGGUACCGAGCGCGACUGGACGCCCUGCGCGCCCUCUACAACCAGAGCGAGACCGGCUCUCACACCUUCCAGGGGAUGUCUGGCUGCGACAUGGGGCCCGACGGGCGCCUCCUCCGCGCAUACAGUCAGUUCGCCUACGAUGGCGCAGAUCACCUGGCCCUGAACGGGGACCUGCGCUCCUGGACUGCAGCGGACACGGCCGCUCAGAUCACCCGGCGCCAGUGGGAGGCCCUGGGUGAGGCAGAGAGAUUCAGGAACUAUUUGGAGGGCAGGUGCUUGAGGUGGCUGCGCAGAUUCCUGGAGUCCGGGAAGGAGACUCUGCAGCGCACGGAUCCCCCAAAGACACACAUGACCCACCAUCCCUCCACUGACCAUGAGGUCACCCUGAGGUGCUGGGCCCUGAACUUCUACCCAGCGGACAUCACCCUGACCUGGCAGCGAGAUGGGGAGGACCUGACCCAGGAGAUGGAGCUGGUGGAGACCAGGCCUGGGGGAGAUGGAACCUUCCAGAAGUGGGCGGCUGUGUUGGUGCCUUCUGGAGAGGAGCAGAGAUACACGUGCCACGUGCAUCAUGAAGGCCUGCUGGAGCCCCAAGUCCUGAGAUGGGCGUCCCCUCAGACCUCCAUCCUCACCGCGGGCAUCAUUGCUGGCCUAGUUCUCCUUGGAGCUGUGCUCACUGGAGCUGCGGUGGCUGCAGCUGUGAUGUGGAGGAAGAAGCGCUCAGGAGGACAAGGAGGAAUCUACACUCAGGCUGCAGCUUCUCAUCCCUGCUCAGCCCCACCUUUCCUUGGGCCAGGCGGUAACCUGGAACCUUGCUGCAGGAAGCCUUGUUGCCCCAACCAGAUAAGACACUGGCAAGCAGAGAAGCGAAAGGGCCUCACACCGUGGGGCCGAAGAAUCCUUGUGCCUCACACCGUGGGGCUGAAGAUCUAAUAUACCUUUAUUUUUGUUCUUGGUCAUAAAAAGAGAAAAAAUUAUCAGAAAGUUCAUUAGGCACUACAUUAUAUGCAUCAGUAUACUGCAAAUAAAUGGCAUGGAAAAUUAUCUGUUUAGAAAUUAGUUAUUAAACAAUUUGGCCCACUUGACAAUGGGAGACAAUUUACAUUCCUGACAAGCAAUCCAACACAACUAUUAUAGUAAGUCCUCCUUUUGCUUUUUUAGAAGUUUCUUAGGAAAGUUUUUCAAUGAAGUUAACUGUGUGAAGAAGUUUCUAGGUAGAAAAAGUUCUGAUAGCUGAGAAGCAGCUGGUCUCUGGCUGAAGGCCAUAUGAAUAGAAGAAUCUUUGGAUGCUUAAGCUUUAGCUGAUAGGGAUGUACUGGUGGCUAUCAACUGUCUUAGGUAAUUGUCUAGCUGAAAUAAUAAGUUUUAGUGUAAGGUUUAGUUUUUUAUCUAUUAACCUUGAAGGCUACCAUCUAGCUGGGACCCAUAGGAGCCUGUAGUCCAUGGGAAUAGAAUACCCUAAUUGUUUCUGCUUUGCACAUGAUUAGGUAAUUUUUCUGAUUACUAAAAAUGAAUAAAGACCUGCUGAGUCUCUUGGCAGAAGAGAUCUGCACCCCAUCCAGUAUCAGUGUCUCCUCAAUCCCCUUCCCUUCAGCCCCUAACGUGUCUCCUAGGCCGUCUCAUCCUUUCAGGAACCCCUGACACAACAUUUUGCCGGAGGCUGGUCCCUGGCAGAACCUCUCUUUUCUGUGGAUAGCACAUUGGUCUUGCACCUGUAGAAAAAAAAAAAAAAAUGAAGGUCCUCAAAAUAGUCCUGUCACAUGGUCAAGCAUCCCAUUCCUUGGUAUUUUUCCAAAGAAGGUGAAAACACUAAUUCCAAGGAAUAUGCACCUCCUAUGGUCACUGCAGUGCUGUCUACCAUAACCAAGUAAUGAAGACAACCUAAGUGCCCAACGGCAGAUGAGGGGAUAAAGAACACAAGCUUUAUACACAAUGGAAUACUACUCGGCUGUGAAAAAGAUGAAAUAUUGGAUUUGCAACAACAUGGAUAGAUAUUGGAUGAUUUCAUAUUUGCAAUAUAAAGAAACAAGGCAGGGACAGAUGAAAUUAAACCAAAACAUCCUCUAUAUAUAUGACUGCAGAAUUGAAGCUAUGGGCUGGGGGUAAGAGUAGGAAACAAAGUAAGAAUGGACUAUGGUUAAGACUGUGGGUGCCCUUAGGGUGGGUGUGAUGUGGUAACAAACAUCUGAAGAGGUGCCUCUGAACACAUGCAGUGUUGUAAACCAAUGCUAACCUAAGGUGAAUAAUACAUUGAAGGUAAAAAGAAAAAAAAAUAAAUUGUCUCCUCCAUCAGUCACCGACCUCAGGACU